UCUUGGAGAUUCUUCCAGACUCCAGGAAAACUAUAAGUAGGGGGCCAAUUUGAAGGGAAGAAAAUUAAACAAAGUUAAGGUGUCCUGAGAGAGAGACAGAAACCCACCUACCCAAUCUGAGGUCUAAAAGUGCCUCAGACUAACUCCAGUGCCUGCUUUAAGAGAAGGGCUACCAGAUUUUUACCAACAGUCAGCCAGGUCAGAGGUAAAACAGCAGCUGCCCCCAAACAGGUCACCAGAAAGAAGAAAAGAGACUAUUUUUCUUUUUUAAAGCUUUAAAUGAUUCUUCAAGGCUGACCAGCAGCCGCAAGUUCAUUGCUUGCAAGGGCUUUUGCUGACCUGUAGAAUGAGGCCACCCUCCUGUUAACACCAGAGAGAGAACCCACCGCCCCGGUGUAUAAUCCUUACCCAGGCUCCUUUUCGAUGGCCAUAACACUAUGCGGCUCAUUCCCACCUAAGGCAGAAGGCAAGGAGCCCAGCUUUCCGUGGAAACUGGGGACAGCCACGCUGCUUUUCUGCUCAACCGGACCAAUGAGGACUGACUCUCGGAAGCCGGGAACGGUGUGAGAAGUCUUCCUGGAGCGGUGUGGAACAGAGGAGAACGCAGGCCUUCGAGGACUCGAUCCAGACAGGUCCACCAUGGGCUUGCUGCGGGGACUUCUCCAAGCAAGAAAGCUACUCUUGGUCAUCUGUGUGCCGCUGCUGCUGCUGCCUCUGCCCACGAUCUACCCCACCAGCGAGGCUGCGUGUGCUUACGUGUUGCUUGUGACCGCCGUGUACUGGGUGUCCGAGGCAGUGCCUCUUGGAGCUGCAGCCCUCGUGCCUGCCUUCCUCUACCCGUUCUUCGGAGUUCUCCGAUCCAGUGAGGUGGCAGCUGAGUACUUCAAGAACACCACGCUGCUGCUGGUAGGCGUCAUCUGCGUGGCAGCAGCGGUGGAGAAGUGGAACUUGCACAAGCGCAUCGCCCUGCGCAUGGUCUUGAUGGCCGGAGCCAAACCGGGCAUGCUGCUGCUGUGCUUCAUGUGUUGCACCACCAUGCUGUCCAUGUGGCUCUCCAACACCUCCACCACGGCCAUGGUGAUGCCCAUCGUGGAGGCCGUGCUGCAGGAGCUCAUCGACGCCGAGGAGGAACAGCUGGUGGCGGGCAACUCCAGCACCGAGGAGGCGGAGUGCCUGGGUCUUGACAUAAACAAUGGACAAACUUCUGUGGAACUCAUCUUUGUCAAUGAAGACACGUCAACUGCAGACUUCACUUCCCUGAUGCAGAACAAGAAUCUGAAUGGUGUGCCCAUGGUCACCAAGCCUAUCAAAACAGCAAACCAACAGCAACAUAAGAAGCAAAGUUCAUCACAGGAAAAGCCAGGAGUCCUGACCCCCAGCUCCAAGAACCAAGAACUGAACAGGAAGAAGUACAGAUCCCACCAUGACCAAAUGAUCUGCAAGUGCCUUUCUCUGAGCAUAUCUUACGCUGCUACCAUUGGUGGCCUGACCACCAUCAUUGGCACCUCCACCAGCCUUAUUUUCUUAGAACAUUUCAACAACCAGUAUCCGACAGCAGAGGUGGUGAACUUUGGCACCUGGUUCCUCUUCAGCUUCCCCAUCUCUCUCAUCAUGCUGGUGGUCAGCUGGUUCUGGAUGCACUGGCUCUUCCUCGGCUGCAACUUUAAAGAGACCUGUUCUCUGAGCAAGAAGAAGAAGACCAAAAGGGAAGAGCUGUCAGAGAAGAGGAUCCGGGAGGAAUAUGAAAAGCUGGGCGACAUUAGCUACCCUGAAAUGGUGACUGCGUUUUUCUUCAUUCUGAUGACAGUGUUGUGGUUUACCCGGGAGCCUGGCUUUGUCCCUGGCUGGGAUUCUUUCUUUGAAAAGAAAGGCUACCGCACUGAUGCCACCGUCUCUGUGUUUCUUGGCUUCCUGCUCUUCCUCAUUCCAGCAAAGAAGCCCUGCUUUGGGAAAAAGAGUGACGGCACAAGCCAGGAACCCAGCCAGGGAAUGGAGCCCAUCAUCACAUGGAAGGACUUCCAGAAAACGAUGCCCUGGGAGAUUGUCAUCCUGGUGGGAGGAGGCUAUGCCCUGGCAUCUGGCAGCAAGAGCUCCGGCCUCUCCACGUGGAUCGGGCACCAGAUGCUAUCCCUGAGCAGCCUCCCGCCAUGGGCCAUCACUCUGCUGGCAUGUGUCCUGGUGUCCAUUGUCACAGAGUUUGUCAGCAAUCCAGCCACCAUCACCAUCUUCCUGCCCAUCUUAUGUACCCUUUCUGAAACACUGCACAUCAAUCCACUCUACACCCUGGUCCCGGUCACCAUGUCUAUCUCCUUUGCUGUGAUGUUGCCUGUGGGCAACCCCCCCAAUGCCAUCGUCUUCAGCUAUGGGCACUGCCAGAUCAAAGACAUGGUCAAAGCUGGCCUGGGAGUCAAUGUCAUUGGCCUGGUGAUUGUGAUGGUGGCCAUCAAUACUUGGGGAGUCAGCCUCUUCCACCUGGACACUUUCCCAGCAUGGGCUAAGGUUAGCAACAUCACUGAUCAGACCUAACACAAGCGGACAGUUAACUACCACAGCUGGAGUUGAGCCACAGGCAAAGAAAGCCACCAGGAGCACACACCCCAGACCCAUAUGGAGGAGAUUACUGCCAGCAGAUUCCUCCACAAGCCAGCAGGCAUGUUGGCUGUGUCUCCUUCCCAGCCUGCCUGCUAUCCUUACCACCAAUGGCCUACAGCUGUUCUCUUCCCGUGUCCAGCCCUAACUCUUUCUGACAUCGGAAGCGCUGAAAGCCUUCGUUCCCCAAGGGGAAGCCUCACAGACUGACUGGCUUCACUAGGCUUGAUGUUCCCUGUCAUACCAGCCUAGAAACUGGACAUCUCCAGAAGCACCCUGCCUAUGCAGGUCAUGAGACCUGUGGCCUCGCAUCUGGGGGAAGGCCUUACCUGGCGUUCUCAGGCUUCUCUACCCUAUCUCUAGAAAACGGCAACCUUAGGUCCUAAGGCUUAGCAGGCCCUCCUCUCGGCAGUCCAUACUUUCAUACGUUUUAUUUGCCUUAAGUCUCUCUUCGUUGGUUCCCCUUUACCUCGGCAUCAAGUUCCUGUAAAGAAAUGUUGUUUCCCUUCAGAAAGAGGCUGGCCUUAUUCCAUCAAAGGAAAGAGGUCGAAACAAGCCAACCAUCAUGAGAUCAGCACCUCUAUGCACGGUCAUCAACUGGAAAUGCCACCACCUGUGAGUGCGGUGAGGGAGGAAAGAGGCUCAUACCUGCCUUACUAGGAAGACCAAAACUACAACUCAGACCACAGCGUUAUUGCUAACACUUGCUUCUCCAUUUAAGAACUAGCUUGCUUCUGAGAACACCAAGUUCUGGGUAGUACUCAAAGGUCCUACCAGUCAGUCCUUCCCAUGCAUCCGUGAGCCCUUUGAGGGAAGCUGUGUCUUGGGCUCUUUACAAUGUAUUAAACUCUAAUUGUUCAAUAAAUGACUCUGAUUAAAAAAAAAAAAAUCACUGCAAAGCGAGGCCUCCUCCUUCCUCUUGAGAACAGUGUCAUUUUUCCCAUUAGAAAAAUGGGUGACUAGAUGGAGAUCCCUAUCCUGUUUGCUGCCGUUCUACACUUCUGAUUUCACUAUCAGUCAGCCGCUUGCUAAAUGUGUCUUGAAAAGGAGGAGUCCCCCGCAGUUACUACGCUGUUGUGACCAUUUUGUUACUACUGUGUGUAUGGUUUCUAUACUGGACAUAUGCUUUUCUCAUGACAGUUUAUCUGCUAAAUCACACCUUUAGCCUACUUGGAGCCUGGGUUGUUAGGUUCCCUGUGUGUCUGUGAACGCUUCCAAGCUCCACGGAAUGUGCUCAACCAUGUUUGACCAGGAACACGACUACUUCUGCCUUACUAAUUAGCACGGCCAAUACUUGGCCAAUCACAACGGUGGAGACUCCAAAGGCCCACACACAGCACCAAUAGCAAACCUGGCUUGAAGCAGAGGCCUCCCUACGCAACCGGCUUUAAAAUGUUUUGAGUCAGGGUGUUUCUGCUAUUGUCAGGAAUGCUAGUCACAUUUCUGAACCAUAACAGAACUCUAAAAACCUUGAAUCAGAUGAUAAGACAAACAUGGGUGACAUGAUUCGGGGAGUAUAGGAGGUGAAAAAGAGAAAGGAAACUUGGCUCAAGUACGUGUACUUGGAAUCACUGGCCACCUUCAAGCAACCUGAGUCUCUCAGGGAAAGCAAUGGCACAGCCCAGGGAGCUUCAGCCAGGGUCUUCAUUAGCCAAUGCCUUCAACCAUCACAGUCAGACCUGGCUCUGCUCAAGAUCAGCACUUUCUUCCCCAUCCCAUACUCAGGCCAACCAUGACUGCCUACCUCAAUGACAGAGCAGCAGACAUGGUCAGACUCUAGUUGCCUUAAAGGAACUUCCCUCCCAGCCCCUCUCUUGGUAGGAUUUGUUUUUUGUUUGCUAAUAUCACAGAGUAUUGGUAAAAAUGCAACCCUCUUAUAGCAGCUCAUCUUCCAGAUGAUGAAACGAGCUAGGACAUCAAGUACGGCUGCAUCGCAUUCUUGUAAGCUACACAUCAAAUGUGCUCAAAGCUGCCUUUGAAAUUCCUUGAGGUCAUUCAUAUUGUUAACUACCUUCAGGUGUCAGCUCAACAGAUCUGGAAAGAGGGAACCUCAACUGAAGAACUGGCCAUAUCAGAUUGGCCCGGGGACAUGUCUAUGGGGCAUUUUCGUAAUUGCUAAUUGAUGUAAAGGGGCCCAACCCUCUGUAGGCUAUGCUAUCCUGGGCAGGUGGACCUGGGCUGUGUGAGGUAGCUGAGCAAGCCAGGGAAGCAGCACUCUUCCUAAGCCUCUGCUUCGAGUUCUGCCUCUGGGUUCCUGCCUUUAGCUCCUGGCUUCCUUUGAUGGUCUGUAACCUGUAAGCAAAAUAAACUCUUUGCUCCUCAAGUUGCUUUUGGUUGAGGGUUUCAUCACAGCAACAGAAAGGAAACUAGAACACAGCAACUGAGCGUGUGCAUGAUCUCCUGCACUUGGCAUUCACAUGUCACGAAGACUUAGAUCCAUCAUCUCGGUUUUCAUAAACUAUUACUUUUCUUUCCUCAAAGGAGGUGUCAGCCGUAUGCAGGUGCACACCACUACAUGAGCGACUUGAACAUCUUGGAUCUUGCUAUCUACAGAAGACCUGGAACCAAUCUCUUGUGAAUAACAAAUGAGCACAGUUGGUUUCACAUGCAGAGACUCUGCUUGCAAAAGUAUCUCUAAACAUUACAAUCACCCUCAGAUCCUUAAACCACUCAAACAUAAAGGGACUGAAAGUCUCACCAAGUGAACACUGGACUUAUAUUGCACUUUAUCCCAAUCCUGUGCAUUUGCACAUGAAAGCUAACACAACUCACCAUGCUUUCCCCACCGUCUGGCCAUGCUCCACCCUGAAGUCUUUCCAUAAAAUCACCCUCAGUUAUUUUUGCCUUCACUGUGCCUUAAUAAAAUUGCCAUCUUUGACAUCCUC